GCUUGAAAACAUCGACUGGACUGGAGUGCGGGAAGAGGGAGAAGAAUCCUGCGUGCCUUCGACGCGGAGGAGUGGGUCGCGGAGUGGCCGCGGGUGCAGGCAAGGGGACACAGCGUAAUAGCUCCAAAUGAGGAGAUGCCACAUUUUGGAAAAAUUGUUGUUAUUAAAAGGAAUGGGUCUGAUGGAACUCAUUUUCCACUGACUGUAAAUUCUUGUACAUUUGGAAGGAGAAAAGAAUGCGACAUUAGAAUCCAGCUGCCUCUGGUUUCCAAAGAACACUGUAAAAUUGAAGUUAAUGAGAAUAAAGAGGCAAUAUUGAUUAAUUUAAGUACCGUGAAUCCAACUCAACUGAAUGGGAGGGACUUUCAGCAACCUGUAUACUUAAAACAUGGGGAUGUACUGACUAUUAUUGAUCGUUCUUUCAGGUUUGAAUAUCCACCUCCACCACCUGCAACAAAGAGGAUUUCCAGAUCCGAAGAGAAAGAAACUUUGCAGGUUCUUCAGGUUCAGCAGAUAGAACAAGAGAAGCUGCACCCUCAGAAUUCAGACUAUAAAAGUCUUCACAUUUCUGAUGAGAAACUUGAGUGGGAAGGUCAAAAAGCCAGUGGAAGUGAUGAGCAAAGAGGUCAAGAAGAUACUACCAGACAAAAUGGCCCAAAUGAAUCUACAUAUAAAAUACACAGAUCAGGCAGAAAAAAUAUGGCUUCUUUUAGCUCACUUUAUGAAUUCAUGAAGCAUGAAGUUGAUACGAAACCCACAGAAGAUCACUUCAGUAGUAAGAUCGCCAUACAGGAAAAAGUGGAAUAUUUGCCUCAAAAUGACAGCAUUUGUAUUGCUGCAUCUAAUAGUCAAUACAGGAUAUCUCCAUCUGAUCAAACAGUUCAGACUGAGGACUUUGAAAAAGUAGCUGUAGAGAAUGUUGAACUGCCUACAGAUACUGAAAACCAAGGAAUAAACAUGAUGAUAUCCAAUCCAAUGUUUGUUGAAGAGAACAGUGCCAGAGUUCUUCAAACCUAUGCUGCAAAAGACAGACAAGGAUGUGAAGAAACAAAUCUAUUAAAUUUUCAGAAUGUUGGAGAAAAUGAAGUAGAAAAUUCUGAAGUCCUUAAAAGUACUGAUGAAGCAAACAAACAAAGUUCAGAACAUUUAUCUGCAUCAUGUUGCAUUGUAGCCUUGGAAUAUAAAAAUAAAGCAAGUCAUCCUAAAAGAUCAAUAAGUCCAUCAAUAGAGACAGCCAAUGCAGAAGUAAAUACUAACUUAAGAAAUACAUUUGGCUCUGUAGAAAGUGUUUUACCUAGGCCAAAAAUUGAGGGAGAAAGUGUUGAAACUUGUUCUUUUCCAUGUUUGAGACAGGCCAGUGGUAUACUACAGACUGAUUUAGAUACCUCCUUAAGGCUGAAAAGCACUGCAGAAAUUUCUAGUGAAACUGAGGGCAUAAUGCUUGUAACGACUGGGUCUGAUGUUUUGAUGGAAAAUAAAUAUUUGAAAACAAACAAGAGAAAUAUGUUGGUGAAUACGGAACUGUCUUUAGAUGCACAGAUUCUGGAAGAAACAAAAAUGGAAAGUGAUGCACUAAAAGAUGGACAUUUUGAAACAGUUGCUUGCUUGGUUAACCAUAGUAACAGUAAAAGUCCUAGAAGGAGUGCUAGACAAAGAAGAGAUUUUUCCAGUGUGGGUUCUUUUACAGAGAAGAUAAUCAUGGAAGAAUCGUUAGUAACUGCUAGAGACGUGUCACCUUUAAAAGGGGUUCCAGAAGAAAAUAUGAAAUGCUGGCCCCAGGAGAAUGAUGGCAAUAUAGAGGAAAGACUAACCCCAAAAAGCUUUGAAGAUAAUUUUGUAAUGAAAAGUACAGCAGGAUCUUCAUACUUACCUGAAAGCCCUGUCCAAAUGCCAGAUGAGGAACAUAAUAUUUCAGAAAUGAACGUGUCAAGCCAGUGUAGUAAAAAUAAAGAAUCAGAAGUGCAGAAAUCACAUCAAAAGCGUAAAGGUGGAGAACUUGACUUGUCAGUUCAGCCUCUUGGAAAAAGAAAGAGAGUGUCCUUUGGUGGUCACCUGAGUCCUGAAUUAUUUGAUAAGCGUUUACCUCCUAACUCACCACUCAAAAGAGGUGCAAUUCCAGCAAGAUUUAGUCUGCCAUUUGGAAUCUCACCUCGAGCAGUUUUAAAAAAAGCUUCAGGCUUUAGCCAAUUUAAAAUCAAGAAUUUCUCUGGAAAAGAUCAGCAGAACAAUACUUUACUGAAAACGGAACCUCCGGUGGCCUCUCCCCCUGCCCGCAGGUCCCUGAUGGCCUCGUCCCCUGCAGCCUCUCCCCGUAUAAGAGGACGGUUCUCUAUUUCUCGUGUUAAUGUUCCAUCUGAACAUGUUCCAUCUUCAGAAGAACAGACUGCUCUCACAGAACAAAUGGAUGUAAAUAAAGAAAUAAAUACACCUGAACCUUCUGUCCAAGAAUCCCAAACCGUUCAGUCAGUAAGAAGAAGCAGAACGUUUGUUCCCAAAAGAAGUUCCUUGUGUAGGAGAAGUGGUGCUGUGGAUGCUCUUCGUGUUAAAAGACAAAGUGGUGCUUCUGAAGCCAAUUUGAUAGUUUCACGGUCUUGGGCUGAAGUUGUAAAACAGGGUGUUCUAAAAUCACACCCAAAGACUACUUCUAAACAUGACUUUAAAGGAAGACCGGCUAAGAAAAUGCCUACAAAAGCAUCAAAGAACAAUGUUUCUUCUUUAAAAACACCAACAAGAAGAAUCAAGGGAUACUUUCCUACAGGCCAUGCAAAUUCUCCUGCUCCUAUUGUUGUUGGAAAAGCACAUACUAGUACAGUAAAUAUAACUGCACAAGUUCCUAAAGUGAUGUUCAACUAUACUUUGAAGCAGCAAGACACCAAUGAAAGUUUUACAGGGAUGACUGAAUUGUUCCAUACUCCACUGAACUGGAAGCAUGGCAGAUCUCUAUCUUCUGCACAAAAGUCUACUAUGGUAGCACCAGAAGAAGCCUCAGAAAUUCACACCCCAGAGGAAUCUGGUAUGAUGGCAGUGUCUCCUUCAGAUCUAUCAGUCUUGGAAAUAUAUGAUGAUCAAGAUGUUGAAUCCCUCAUCUUGAGAAAAGUAUCUCAGAUUUCUACUCCUGGUCAAGAUAAAAUAAAGAUUCCCAGAGGAGAGAAUUCUGCAUUAUAUGAGAUUGUAGGGGGAAAUAGCUCACUCAUAAAAAGUGAAACUGUGGAAAUGGAAAAAGUAUCAAAAGAUACAAAGCCUGUCAAGGCGCUGUCAGGAGUCAAGAGGCUCAUGAAGACCCCCAAGCAAAAGCCACAGCCUGUCGAGGCGCUGUCAGGAGUCAAGAGGCUCAUGAAGACCCCCAAGCAAAAGUCACAGCCUGUCGAGGCGCUGUCAGGAGUCAAGAGGCUCAUGAAGACCCCCAAGCAAAAGCCACAGCCUGUCGAGGCACUGUCAGGAGUCAAGAGGCUCAUGAAGACCCCCAAGCAAAAGCCACAGCCUGUCGAUGCACUGUCAGGAGUCAAGAGGCUCAUGAAGACCCCCAAGCAAAAGCCACAGCCUGUUGAGGCGCUGUCAGGAGUCAAGAGGCUCAUGAAGACCCCCAAGCAAAAGUCACAGCCUGUCGAGGCGCUGUCAGGAGUCAAGAGGCUCAUGAAGACCCCCAAGCAAAAGCCACAGCCUGUCGAGGCGCUGUCAGGAGUCAAGAGACUCAUGAAGACCCCCAAGCAAAAGCCACAGCCUGUCGAGGCACUGUCAGGAGUCAAGAGGCUCAUGAAGACACCUAAGCGCCAAGUAGACACUGUUGAGGAAGACAUUUGCUCCAAACAUUUGAAUAGUCCAAAAGAAUUAUUGGGUUUUAAUCAUGUUGCAGAAGCACCAAAGAAAAAGAUACGGGUCUUGGCAGAUAAGGAAGGGAUUCAAAGGCUGAGGAUAUCUAAGCAAAAAUUUGAACCCAUGGAAGAUAUGAUUGGUAUUUCCAGAAUACUGAAGACACCAAGGCAAAAAUUUAUGCCAGUUGAUGACUAUUUAGGAUUGCAAAAACUUAUGGCUGAACCUAAACAGAAUUCUCUUAGUGCUGAAAUAGACUAUACAGGUGUUCAAGAACUGUUGGGCCCUGAAGAUGGAUGUCUGGUCCAAUUAACAGAAUAUGUGGAUGAGUCACGUGAAAAUUCCAGCAGUGGAUUUGGGUACAGAGGAGAUGUGCCCAAAAGAGAACAACCUCAGCAAGUAAUAGGACUGGAAGGUUCAUUUGAAAGAAAAUCUCCAACUUUAAUGCCAAGGAGGCCUGAUGAUGAUCAUGAUGAAUUAGAAGAUUACUUGGAACAAGUUUCAUGUAGCUCACAUAACAGAUUAACAGGGGCAGAUUUAGCAAGUAUUGUAACAGCCUCUUAUGUACCAAAAAAGUAUGAGUCAGAUGGAAUGGAUCUCCAAAAUGAAGCUAUGAUUGAUCUUAUUAAAGAACCAUCUACAAGGCAAGGCGCUUCAAUGGAAAUAAAUGAACCUUUGGCUUCAGCCAAAAAACCUAGACAAAUGAAUGUUAGUAAAUCUAGUUUUACAGAAGAACAUGAUAAAAGUUGGACACAGAGGCAGACAAGAAACAGCAACAGAGGAAAAUUAGCUAACUGUACACAAACAAAUGAAAAUUUUGAUCAGGUUACUGAAAUAAAUCCAACAAAAGACUCUGAAAGCAGCCCCCUAGUACUUGAAACUGAAACAACAGAAACAUUAAGAGGAAACUCUAGAAAAUAUUUAAUUGAAACAAAUGGGAAUAUGGACUUCAGUGACAUAAGACAUACUCAAGAACUAUUGGGACUUUCAAAGGAAAUGUCAGUCAAUGCAGAAGAAAACGCAGCAACCCAUGAACAGGCAAAUCAAUUAAUUUCAAAAAUGUCUUUAAGACCUAAAAAUCAGAAAAAUAAAGAUGAACCAAAGUCUGAACUUACAAAAAUUAAUUCUCAAGAGAAAAUGCAAAGCCCGGAUAUUGAAACCUCAACGAGAAAAUCUGGAAAUCAGCUACUUAAAAAAAAUUCAAGAAUGGCUACCCCAGUAGAAACAAAACUAGAAACAAUAAAUACAUCACUUGACGGUGAAAGAGACACAUCACAUAAAACAUGUAAAAUGGAAAAUUUGGGGAAUCAUCCAUCAGAAAUGAAGGAAGGUACAAUAAGAGGAAAGGGGAGAAAGGUUCAUUUCCAAAAGGUACCCUUGGACAAUACUGGGGCUUCUGUAGAGCACAUGCUACCCAAAAGGCAAAUGGUGGCAAGAGGGAACCUGCCUCAAAGAGGCAGAAAUAAGAGAAAAGGUUGUGAUGAACAACCCAUAGAAAAUAAAAAUAUAGAGAUUUCUGAUACUGAAAACCAAGAUAUGGUUGUAGAAAAUACUUUUUCUGCAAAAGAGAACCAACUGAAAAAGGGUAGAGGGAGAAAGGUUACUCCUAUAUCUCUUACUAUUCAUAAAGAGGAUCCAUCAACAGGCUGCUUAGACUUCACUCAGAGAAAGUCUUUGCAGGAUACUCUAAAUGAAGAGAAUUCUAAGAAAGCCCAGAAGGAGGUACCCUUGAACAAUACUGAGGUUUCUGCAGAGCACGUGCUACCAAAAAGGCAAAAGGUGGCAAGAGGAAAUCUGCCUCGCAGAGGCAGAAGUAAGCAAGUAGGUUCUGAUGAACAACCCACAGCAAAUGAAAGUAAAGAGACUCCUGUUGUUGAAAAUCAAGAUAUGGUUGUAGAAAAUACUUUCUCUGCAAAAGAGAACCAACCAAAAAGGGGUAGAGGAAGAAAAGCUGCCUCAGUAUCCCAAACACUGGGAAGCCUUUCUGUUCCUGACGAGGACCCGUCAACUGCCAGCUCAGGUUUCGCUCAAGGAAAGUCUUUGCAGGAUACUCUAAAUGAAGAGAAUUCUAAGAAAGCCCAGAAGGAGGUACCCUUGAACAAUACUGAGGUUUCUGCAGAGCACGUGCUACCAAAAAGGCAAAAGGUGGCAAGAGGAAAUCUGCCUCGCAGAGGCAGAAGUAAGCAAGUAGGUUCUGAUGAACAACCCACAGCAAAUGAAAGUAAAGAGACUCCUGUUGUUGAAAAUCAAGAUAUGGUUGUAGAAAAUACUUUCUCUGCAAAAGAGAACCAACCAAAAAGGGGUAGAGGAAGAAAAGCUGCCUCAGUAUCCCAAACACUGGGAAGCCUUUCUGUUCCUGACGAGGACCCGUCAACUGCCAGCUCAGGUUUCGCUCAAGGAAAGUGUUUGCAGGAUACUCCAAAAGAAGAGAAUUCUAAGGAAGCCCAGAAGGAGGUACCCUUGAACAAUAGUGAGGUUUCUGCAGAGCACAUGCUCCCAAAAAGGCAAAAGAUGGUAAGAGGAAAUCUGCCUCGCAGAGGCAGAAGUAAGCAAGUAGGUUCUGAUGAACAACCCACAGCAAAUGAAAGUAAAGAGACUCCUGUUGUUGAAAAUCAAGAUAUGGUUGUAGAAAAUACUUUCUCUGCAAAAGAGAACCAACCAAAAAGGGGUAGAGGAAGAAAAGCUGCCUCUGUAUCCCAAACACUGGGAAGCCUUUCUGUUCCUGACGAGGACCCGUCAACUGCCAGCUCAGGUUUCGCUCAAGGAAAGUGUUUGCAGGAUACUCCAAAAGAAGAGAAUUCUAAGGAAGCCCAGAAGGAGGUACCCUUGAACAAUAUUGAGGUUUCUGCAGAGCACAUGCUCCCAAAAAGGCAAAAGAUGGUAAGAGGAAAUCUGCCUCGCAGAGGCAGAAGUAAGCAAGUAGGUUCUGAUGAACAACCCACAGCAAAUGAAAGUAAAGAGACUCCUGUUGUUGAAAAUCAAGAUAUGGUUGUAGAAAAUACUUUCUCUGCAAAAGAGAACCAACCACAAAGGGGUAGAGGAAGAAAAGCUGCCUCUGUAUCCCAAACACUGGGAAGCCUUUCUGUUCCUGACGAGGACCCGUCAACUGCCAGCUCAGGUUUCGCUCAAGGAAAGUGUUUGCAGGAUACUCCAAAAGAAGAGAAUUCUAAGGAAGCCCAGAAGGAGGUACCCUUGAACAAUACUGAGGUUUCUGCAGAGCACAUGCUCCCAAAAAGGCAAAAGAUAGUAAGAGGAAAUCUGCCUCGCAGAGGCAGAAGUAAGCAAGUAGGUUCUGAUGAACAACCCACAGCAAAUGAAAGUAAAGAGACUCCUGUUGUUGAAAAUCAAGAUAUGGUUGUAGAAAAUACUUUCUCUGCAAAAGAGAACCAACCAAAAAGGGGUAGAGGAAGAAAAGCUGCCUCUGUAUCCCAAACACUGGGAAGCCUUUCUGUUCCUGAAGAGGACCCGUCAACUGCCAGCUCAGGUUUCGCUCAAGGAAAGUGUUUGCAGGAUACUCCAAAAGAAGAGAAUUCUAAGGAAGCCCAGAAGGAGGUACCCUUGAACAAUACUGAGGUUUUCGCAGAGCACGUGCUACCAAAAAGGCAAAACUUGGCAAGAGGAAAUCUGCCUCGCAGAGGCAGAAGUAAGCAAGUAGGUUCUGAUGAACAACCCACAGCAAAUGAAAGUAAAGAGACUCCUGUUGUUGAAAAUCAAGAUAUGGUUGUAGAAAAUACUUUCUCUGCAAAAGAGAACCAACCAAAAAGGGGUAGAGGAAGAAAAGCUGCCUCUGUAUCCCAAACACUGGGAAGCCUUUCUGUUCCUGACGAGGACCCGUCAACUGCCAGCUCAGGUUUCACUCAAGGAAAGUGUUUGCAGGAUACUCCAAAAGAAGAGAAUUCUAAGGAAGCCCAGAAGGAGGUACCCUUGAACAAUAGUGAGGUUUCUGCAGAGCACAUGCUCCCAAAAAGGCAAAAGAUGGUAAGAGGAAAUCUGCCUCGCAGAGGCAGAAGUAAGCAAGUAGGUUCUGAUGAACAACCCACAGCAAAUGAAAGUAAAGAGACUCCUGUUGUUGAAAAUCAAGAUAUGGUUGUAGAAAAUACUGUAAAAGAGAAUCAGCCAAAAAGGGGUAGAGGGAAACAGGUUACCUUCAUAAUCCCAAACCUUUUUCCUUCCAUUGGAAAUGACAAUGUCCUACUGUCAAACAAAGACAAAAGUGCAGCAGAAGAGCAAAAUACUUUAGAAAUGGCAACUACUGCAAACGAAAAUUUGUUAAGUAGAGGCAGAAGUAGAAAAAGAGUAAAUACGCUUUCAGCAAGUUCAAUUCCUGGCAGUAAAAAACCUAGAGUAGUCAAUAACGCUAAUCUGGAAGAAAUGGCCACUGUUUUAAAACAUGUUACAAAAGAACAUGUAUCCAAAACAAGCAGAAAAAAACCACCUGCUUAUGAAGCUUUAAUAGAAAGUAAGAGCCCACGAAGUGAUACUGGUAACAAGCCAACAGCCAUAAAAGACAAGAAGGUGCCUGCAGAUUCUCUUUUUGAAAAUCAGGCAAAGAGCAGUAGAGGGAAAAAGAUAAUUCUGGCAUUGCAGACGCCUAGUUCUCCUUCCCUCAAAAUAAGCAUAACUUUACCUUCAUCAGAUAAAAAUAAAACUGCCAUUGAAAAUCAAAACUUGUUUAUAGAAAAUAAUGGAAAAGAGAAUUUAGCAAUACGCAGCAGAAGAAAUAAGAAAAUGGUAUCUCAUUCCACAUGUGUCAGAAGAAAAUGCAAACCUCAUGAAGAGGAGGAUGAGUGUCAGGAAAAACAAAAUGCAAAUUCAGAAAGGAUAGGUUUAUCAAAUAACAAGCAGAGCAGAAGGGGAAUGAGAAAGGGGGAUAAUUCUGAAACAACCUUUUUCAAAGAAAAAUGUGGUGUGCCUGAAAGUAGUGAUGCUUUUUCUAAGAGUCAACAAGUGAUGCUGACAAAUACUGUUUCUGGGAUGGCAGACGCCUCACAGGGUAGGAGAAAGAGAAUCCAUAACGGAAAAAACUUUCUAAAACACAGUGAUCAGAAGAAUGAUUUGGAAAUCACACUCUCCCAGGGAAAAGAAAAUUCAUCUAAACAGGGAAGACGGAAACGGGUCAGCAGUGAGCCAGAAAUUCAGGUUACUACUGCUGGCAUGAAGAACUGUUUCUUUGCAGAAAACACAUCAGUCCCAGAAACAGAGAAUACUGGAAGUACACCACAGAGAGGAAGAAGGAAAAAAAUUAAAGAGUGCGCCUCAGCUACCACUGAGUCUACUAUAGAAACAAAAGGCAUGGCAAAAGCAAGCAGAAGAACAAGAAAACAAAUAUUGUAAUAUUUGAGAGUGGACUGUGUAAUUUUUCUUCAGAGUAAAUGGCUAUAUUUUGGGGAGUGGGUUGUGUGUGGUGCAGUUACUUUGUGUUAAAUUUAAAAUUUGUUAAUCUUCUAAUUUUUUUGUUUGACUUUAAACAAUACAUUUAUAUAAUAAAAGUAUUUUUAAUUAUC